AUGCCUCAUUGGAAUGAGCAUAGAUGGCGGAGGCAGGAGUCCCAUAUCCUCUCGCGCCUUAUUUUCCGAACGCCCGGUUCCCUCCCUCGUACAAUUCGGUCCCGGCCGGAUUUCCCUCGAGCAUCAACCUCUUCCUCCAUUGUGGCUUCCAUCCUCUAUCGGGCGGCGCCCAUUGACCCGGCUCUCAAACCUGGCUCGCCUCCGCAUCAAUCCUCGGAGCUCUCGCGUUUCGAGUCUCCGUCCGCCGAUACUCCUGCGUCACAGUCUACGGAUACCGAUCUCCCCAAAUCGUUUUCCCCAGUGCUGCCAGACCUGAGCGGCAUUGGCAAGUACAACAGUUCGGAAUACAGAGAGAGUUUCCCAGGCUCAGUUUCUGUGAGCGCCUCCCUUCCAGGAUUGGCAGCACUUGCCUCGGUCGCGUCUGCUCCCACCUCCAAUCUACGCGAGUCUAGGAAUUCGAAUUUGAACAUGGCCAACAUGACAUACGCGACCUCAUCUCCAGCGGCCACUACUGGUGGACAAGGUAGUAACCCUCCCGUCUGCCAAAACUGCGGCACCUCCACCACACCCUUGUGGCGCAGGGACGAGUCUGGCUCCGUCCUCUGCAAUGCCUGCGGUCUGUUCCUCAAGCUGCACGGGCGGCCUCGUCCGAUAAGCCUGAAAACCGAUGUGAUUAAAAGUCGCAACCGUGUGAAGACCGGUCAGGGCCCCAAACGUAAGUCUGGCGGCCCUAUCGAUGCCAACGGUCUUGCGACACAAUCCGAUGUGGGGACCCCGCCUAUGGGUUCGCAUGGCUACCGUCGCGCGUCGCGUAAGAUGUCCCCGGGUCACUCGGAUCGCUCAAAUUCCCCCUUGUCGCGAACAGAGACGCCCGGGUUUGCCUCCAUGCAUAACUCGAACAUCGCGCCCCAGCACAUGUUUGAUAGCGUCACUCGCGGCGACGGUUCUUUGAACUCUGGUCUUCCUUCCUUCCCACUGCGUCAACCCUCCCCGUCUGCUGUGGAUCGUCAGCUUGACUCGCCCCAGACAUACGAAAGCCUGCUGGCCCUCAACACGUCGUUGAAGACCCGUGUCAGUGAGCUUGACCUGAUCAAUGAGCUGUUCCGUGGUCGCGUCGCAGAGCUCGAGCAGAGUGACGCUAGCGCGCGUCGGUCGGAGAUGAUUGCGCGCGAUUCCGAGUCGCGUCUGCGCCGGUCCCUCGAAGAGUCGCAGCACCGCGAGGAAGAACUCAAGCGACAUAUCAAUGAUCUAGAACGCCAGCUGAGUGGUGACAGCGAGUUCUUAGAGCCCCACGCCAAGCGAAUUCGACUCUCGGACGUGGUAGAGCAAUCACCCGAGCAAUCCCCGACACAGGUCAAAUCACCAAACAGUGCUUAA